AUGAAUUUUAUAAUAGUUUCAAAAUUUUAAUCUUCUUUCUAUAUUAAAGAUUAUUUAAUCAUAUAAUUAGAAUAAUUAUUUGAAUAAUAUAAAAUUAAUUUUUACAUAUUUAAUUAGAAAUAACCAUUUAGGAUUCAGGUAUUAAAUUCUUUAUGUUUGAAAUUUCUGUUAUUCACAAUAAUUAAUAUGAUCUUAAGGGAACAAGCCAAAAAUUUAUUAAUAAAAUCCUAAAAUAAAUUAAAUGAAUUCUGA